CUUUUCACAUGCACAAAGGGACUCUGGCCUUUGUUGUGGCUUCUCCUUUCGAGGACAAAGGCCUGGCAUUCGGCACUGGUUCUGCCGCUGAGUAUAACCGAACCCCAAAGACUGCGCAGGAGGCUCACGAACGCGCAGCCCUUAAAACGGCGGCAUCCUUCCCAUGGAGUUAAGCGCUAUACUAAACAAGCUUCCUUUUGCUGCUCCGCAGGGAGAUGAAACGCGCUUCGUAUCUGUGCGCCGGAGGACUGCAAAUUUAAGUGGCUUCUUUUGGGAGCAAAUCCCAUGGCGCUCCGUGGGACCGAGGAAACGUGUUGAGGAUCGGGGCGCAGCACUGCUGCAACACCAAAACCACUCACUUGGGAACAAGUCCCCUUGUAUGCCUUGCAAAUUACGCCCAAGUAAACACGUUUCUUUGGGCUCUGGCUUGGCACCUCGCCAAAGCCUCCUUCUCACUCAGUCUCUCUCUCCCCCUUCAUCAAACUCGCCCCCUCAGUGCGGAUUAAGGAGCCGCUUGUUGCCCCUGCCCGCGACUGCUAUUCUGUUAAAUCUCCGCGGUUCACCGUGCCCCAAAUAAACCCGAGGGGAGGGCGGCUGUGUAAUCCGAUUCCAGCAGGACUCGAGGGGGCUAGGCCUUUGCACGGCUAACUUUCCUGCUGCCGCCGCCGCCGCCGCCGCCUUUGAUUUCGCGACAAAGACGACCCGCACGGCCGGCUGGCUGGCUGGCUGACCGGCUGACCGGCCGGAGCUGUAAACCUCGCAGACGGCUCCAAGGAGGAGCCUCUUACUGUAUGUGACCCCGAGGCACUCUCUCCUUCCCCCGCUCAGAUUGACAGACACACCGGGUCACAGCAGAUCGGAUCUCGGGGGCGGGGGACAAUCAUACUGAGGCGGCACAGUCAUCCCGCAGAACCGGUGGCGGCAUCAGCUGCUGCUUAACUAAGAGAUGCCCUUCCAUAUAUUUGCUCUGAUCUACUGACAAACGCAUAUCAUGGCAGCUCCCAGAUCUGUGAGGAAAGCCCAGAUGUCAUAGGAUAUUUGGGUAAUGCAUUCACCCAAGAAGGCAGAAAACUGCAGAGCAACAGACAGAUGAUUUAUAGAAUGAAAGGACACUCACAAUUACCCCCCUUGGCCAGAUUGAAAGUGAGAAUUCUGAAUAUUUUGGCAAGAGACAGUAUAAAUGAGAAGCCAGGAAGGAGAUGUCGAAUAAUCUUUGUGCCAGGUAACAUUCCCUGCAUACCUUGCCUGUCAACUGGCGCUGGUCUUUCAGAGUGACUCUGGACAAAAUAGAAAGGCCCUCCACCACAGCCAUGGCUGCACCAAGGAAAGGUUUAAGUGCCUGCCCUCCGGAUGGUGGCUGGGGGUGGAUGAUUGUGAUUGGCUGCUUCCUUGUCACUAUCUGUACUAGAGCUGUAACAAGGGUUGCCAGGUCUCCAGUUGUUGCUCAGAGACUCUGGGGUUUUUUGGAUCCUCUCUGGGUCUCUGGGUGCAUCUCAAUUUUUUUUGUGGAGUUCCAGACAUACUUUGCUCAAGAUUAUGCCCGGACAGCUUGGAUUCAUUCCAUUGUAGACUGUGCUACCAUGCUUUGUGCUCCGCUUGGGAGUUUUAUCAGUAAUCAUGUCUCCUGUCAAGUGGGCAUCAUGCUUGGAGGAUUGCUUGCUUCUGCUGGACUCAUCUUGAGCUCCUUUGCCACAAGCCUGGAGCAUCUUUACCUUUCCUUAGGAGUUCUUACAGGACUGGGAUUUGCACUUUCUUACUCACCAGCCAUAGCAAUGGUGGGCAACUAUUUCAACAAGAGAAAAGCCUUGGCUUAUGGGAUUGCCAUGUCAGGCAGUGGCAUUGGCACCUUCAUCCUAGCUCCCGUGGUCCAGAUGCUGAUUGAACAGUUUUCCUGGCGUGGAGCCUUACUCAUCCUGGGAGGAUUUGUUUUAAACCUCUGUGUCUGUGGUGCCUUGAUGAGACCGAUAGCAGGCAAAGAGGACUGCAGGAGUGCGCCUGAGCAGGAGUGUGGGCCAGAAGCCCAAAAGCAGGACCUGAAGCAGUGGUCGGUCUGUUCUCCGCUGAUCAAAGUGUGGUCUCCCAAAUGUUUGUGCCGGUGCUCGUGGCAGGAGUACCACUUUUUACUGUUGCCGGACUUUGUGGUGCUUGCGGUGUCAGUCUUAUUUAUGGCUUAUGGCUGCAGUCCUCUCUUUGUUUACCUGGUGCCUUAUGCAUCAAGAGUUGGGAUGAGCCACCAGCAGGCGGCUUUCCUCAUGUCCAUCCUUGGGGUCGUCGACAUCAUUGGCAACAUCACGUUUGGAUGGCUGACAGAUAGAAGGUGUCUGAAGAAGUAUCGUUACGUUUGCUACUUCUUUGCGGUGGGAAUGGAUGGCCUCUGCUGUCUCUUCCUUCCGGUUCUGCAGAGCUUUCCACUCCUUGUGCCUUUCUCUUUCACCUUUGGGUAUUUUGAUGGAGCCUACAUCACACUUCUUCCAGUGGUGACCGCGGAUGUGGUGGGCACAGCUUCCUUGUCAUCUGCCCUCGGGAUGGUGUACUUCCUUCAUGCAAUACCAUACCUUAUCAGCCCGCCUGUCGCAGGUUGGCUUGUGGAUACAACUGGUAACUACACGGCAUCAUUCCUCCUGUGUGGCUUUUCCAUGAUAUUCAGUUCGAUGUUGCUAUGCUGUGCAAGACUAGCAAAGAAGGUCAAACGGACUCCCUUGAGGCCUGGGAUCAAGCAAGAAAGCUGGACAAAUGGAGUCAUUGCUUAUUCUGUAACUGGGGAAUUAGAUCACAAAGGUGUGGAGCUGCUGGCCAGUGAGGCAAACAGCUAUCGCUCUUUUUGUAUAGCAAAAGAUGGCAACGUCCUAAAAGCCCCCUCCCCCUAAUGUACCCAGUAACCUUUUGCUAAGGUAGAUUUUGUUAACUAGGCUACACUGUUUGGAGAAGUUUCUCCCUGCUGGAAGGAAGUCAAGAAAGCUCCUUUAAACCAGAAGUUUCUGUCCUUGAAGCAGGUAACAGCCUGCACCUAAUGAGGGUGGAAGAGAAGGUGGAGGAGAAGAAGUUCUUCUGGAAUGCGACUAAUAUAAUUUCUAAUACAGAUUGAGGGAUGUAAGGGUGGAUGUGCUCAUCAGAAAUAACCUGUAUGCACAAAGAAGGAAAACUGGACAUUCAAAUGGAUGAUGAAACUGUGCACAAGGCAGUGUUGACAGUCACCAAGGCUUUCAAUCCUGCACGUGGCUGCUCUUGCCUGGAAUAGGCGGGGCAGGGGGAAGGAGGUUAAACAUGUUCCUCAAUUAGCUCUGAAAAUCACUCCUGACAGAUGCCAGCAUCAUUUGCAAAGAAACUCUGCUAUAGAUCUGCUGUUUUAUACUGUGAUUAAUCUGUUUUAAAUGUCAUAAAAUCAGCUUUACAAUGUGCCUAAAUUUGAUAAACUACCUGGGAUAUGA